AGCCAUUUUGGCUCAAGCUCAAGUCCUUCUUCUGUUCAGGCCUUGACUGCGGCCCCGCGUGGGCCGAAGAGAUGGCGCCCGCGAGAGGAGAGCGCGAUCCGACGAUGGCGUUGCUGAACCAGAGGCAGCUCUUCGAGGCGGUGACCAACCAGUGCCCGGAUGUGCUGACCAGGAGCGUCUACCAGCCCAUGCAGCUAGCGCAGCCCCUGUUCAAGAUGCCGCUGCACGAGAAGCGAGAGCUGUUCGUCGCUGCUCUCCGCGGCAUGCUCAAGGACAUCGGCGACGGGAGGUCCCCCGCCGAGGUGGCCUACGCAACAGACGAGUCGGGGAGGCUCUUCUCGUUUGGCCUGCAGCCGAUGUGGGAGGUGCGCGAGGACAAGGGGCAGUCGCGUCUCGUUGGCUUGGAGAGCCUCCUGGCGCUGCACACGGCCUCCUGGGGCGUCGGCCUCGUGGUGGACGUGCUCGACGACCUGCUCGACACCGACAUCGACCUCUACCUGCAGUUCAAGGGGCUGGAGGUCCAGGCGGCCCUGGACGCCCUGGAGACCUUCCCGAGCCUGCCGCCGAUCAGCGUGAACGUGCGUCCGUCCGAGUGGCUCCUGCCGGAGGUCCAGAGCCUGGUGCUCGACGCCACCCGCCGCGCGCCGGGGCGGAUCGUCUUCGAGCUGACGGAGUACACCCAGGACCUGCAGUUCAAGAGGCUGUUCGGCGAGCAGGGCUCGCUCUCGCAGCGCCUGACGAGGACGCUGCUGCCCGUGCUGCGGCGCAUGCGGGAGGCGGGCGUGAAGCUGCUGGCGGACGAUCUGCUGCCCUUCAGCGUGUACUGCUUCGACGGGGAGGCGUCGUGCAGGAAGGGCCACCGCCUCAUAGACCACCACGCAACCGAGAGCAGCAUGAUGCUCUCGAGGGAGUGGUCCGCGGUGUUCCACGGCGUGAAGAUUAGCCUCGACUGGGUCAUCCACGCGAUGCCCCUCGGGAAGCAGACAGGGGCCGCGUUCGCGUCCGUACCCAUCUACGCCAAAAACAUCAAGGACAACCCUGGGCACGUGGCGGCCGUGACCGGCAAGCCCGUGUCGGACGAGGGCGUGGAGACGUCCUCUGCCCUCCGCGACCUCCAGAAGGCCGCCAGGGUAGAGCUGCAGGCCGCCCUGCAGGAAGUCCGGCGGCACCGCUUCGACAUCCUGCCGGUCCUCGAGGCGACGCUGCCGCCCGCCCACAUCGCCGAGUGGGGCCUGGAGGGCGCCGGGCAAGAGCAGGGGGGCAUGUUCUUCGAGGCCCGCUUCCCGCCCGCGUGGUUCUUCGGCCAGAUCCUGUCUCCGCCCCUCGCGCAGCGCCCCAAGGCCUCGUCCCCCAAGAAGGGCUUCCCUUCCACGCGCACCGAGGGCUGAGGCCCUGCGCGCGGCGUGGGUGCCCCUGCUCGCCCGCACGUGGGACCAAGGAGGGCACGGGGGAGGAGAAGGUUCAUCCAGAACAGAUGAGAAAAUAUUGGUGUGGUGUGACCAUCCAUCGGUGGACGUGCGGCACGGUCGCAGUCAGAGUGCGGCCUCACAGCAACCCGCGGCCAGCACACUGGCCGAGUUGGGUUGCGGCAGGCCACUUGUGGCUGCGAGUCGGCUGCAUCGGUGCGCAUUGUGGGAGGUGCCUACCUAGACUAGACACGCUGCUGAGUUCUACAGGUCUGAACCUAAUAGUAAUUGUUCUCUUUGCGAAUUGCUGACUGCAUCGCUGAUAAGCUGGCACGCCAUGGUGUUCCUUACCAUAUGCUUGCAAUCCUCCUUCUAUUCCCCUUCUUCAAUGCGUCUCCUGUGGCAUUGCUGCAUGGCGUGAUCAGACCGAGGUAUAAGAUAUAAGCUGGAUGCGCCUGUGUGUUCUUGAGGGGUGCUCUUCUGGCUUGUGCCCCACUGUACACGUGUUGCUCUCCCUUAGGCUAUUCGCCCCCGUCGUCGCCCCCGACUGCCGCGCCCCUGGGCGGGAGAGUGGGCCUGGGCCGGGGUUGGCGAAGCAUGGGAUGUGUAACUUGUGGUCGAUGCACUUGCCCUUUUGCCAUCCAUGGGAGCCCAGCGACGAGAACGGGUGACGAACUGGC